UUUCAGAUGAGGGUUGAAAAUGUCGUUAUCUAGCCCUGAUUGAGAAGAGACCUGUACGCGUGGACUAGUAUGGAGAAACGCGAGGAGAGUUCCAGCUCCGAGGUCUAUAUCUCCAGGGAGUGGCUCUACACUAAGAUCCUAGAUGCUAGUCAGAAGAAGUAUCAUGGUAAACUGUGUGGGGUUGUUCUUGCUGGUGGUUCAGGGGCAGGCAAAACAACCUUUGCAAGCCAACUGUCCGUUGAGAAAAUUGGAUCAAGGAAACAUACUCUUAUCAGGAACAAACUGGUGGCCUCAUACCUUAUCCCAGCCUCAAGGGAAAUGAGUUCUAGACACCUUGUACAAUUCUUGAACUCUGUGUACACACAGCUAUGCGAGUCAAACUGUCUCGUUGGGUUCAGACGUCAAGAAGAGACAGGUUGGUUACGUGAGGCAGUUGAUGACCCUGACGAGAUAUUUAAGAAAGUUGUUCUUUUUCCUCUUCUAGAAUGUGAAAUCAAACAUAAGGUUGUAAUAUUUCUGGUGGAUGGAUUAAACCUUGAGCUGCUGAGCUCUGGAGACCUAAACCCGGACACGCCCAGUAGGUCCAUCCCGGAGAUUCUCUCUAGACACGCCCACCUUUUCCCUAGAUGGCUGCUUCCAGUGUUCACCACGCGGCAAUCUACCGCCAUUACUGCGCAUUUCCCGGGUUUUCGAAGGAUUAGCAUAGAUGACUUGAGGAAAACACAGGUUAUCCAAGAUAUCCAGCAGCUUAUUAUUGCCAGGCUUAAUGUUGAUCGGAGUAUUGCUAAACAGGUGACCAAGGAGUCUACUGAACUGCUGAGCCUUCUCCAUGUUAAGUCUGCAGGAUGCUUCUUGUAUAUCAAAAAGGUAUUGGACGGUAUAUCCGAGCAUUAUAUCACCUUGGAGGAGAUCCGAGAGAUCCCCGGCACUCUCAACGGUCUUUAUCUCUGGCUCUGCCAGAAGCAGUUCAACAAGAAGAACUUUCCAAAGGUUCGGCCUUUGAUAAAUAUCCUCCUAGCUUCAUCUACAAUAACCCAGCCUCAACUAUAUCAGAUACUGAGCUCUACCGGGGGAAUAGAUUCCCUAGAGGAAUUCAAUAAACUUCUUGUUCAGCUGAGGCCAAUGCUCUCCCCGGAGUAUAGAGCUAAAUCAAUCAGGCCUGGGGAGUGCGAUGAGGAACCUGUUUGUUUGUAUCAUUACAGCCUAGCAGAGUGGUUUCUACAGCCCAAGUUCUGCGGACCUAUGUACGAAUGUAAACUGGAGGAUGGACAGAAAGCUAUCAAAGAGUGGAAGAUGAACUCUCAGCAGAAUAUUUACGAUAAACCUGAUUUGGUCAGCGGGAUAGAGAGCCAGGAAGAAGACAGUGAAAUAUGGAUGCUUGUCAAUACUGAGGAACGGGAGCGAAGGAAGCAGACAAGAAAUGCUGGAAAUGAAGCUUCGGGAAAGUUGAUACAGGAAAAAAAUCAAGAUCAUCUUGGUGAUCAUGAACUUCUCAGAGAUAAAGAUCCAGAAAGCCAUGGAGAAAAACCCCGACAAGAUCAAGAAAACCAUCAAGAAGAACACCAUCUAAACCUAAACGCAUCACAAGAAAUUCUUUUAUCCCGCCGUUCUUUCCUAGAACAGCAUUUAAUGUCUGGAAAUCAAAUCACAGACUUCAGUUCAUCAAUAAACAACUCAGAGGAACAUUUACAGAUUGGAGUCAUUAAUGAAGAUUUUAUUUGUUCAAGAAGAUCUGCAGAUAAUCUUGACACAUAUGAAAAUGUUACUAAAGAACAUGAAGUGAUCACGUCUAAGGAUCCUGUUCAUAAAACACUUCUGGACUUCGUGAAGGCAAAUGAUUCUGAAGCGGUUGAAAGGAUGCUGUUGAUAGAUGAUAAUGGAUUUAAAGAGGAUGAUACCGGAUGUAAGGAGGAUAAUACCGGAUGUAAGGCGAAUCUAGUAGUGUGUGCGCUACAAGCCGCCAGGGAAGGGUUUGCUGAAACUCUUGAGACUCUCCUAGAGAUCGGUGGCGUUCAUCCAGACUCAAAGGAUGAAAAUGGAUGGACUCUGUUAAGAACAGCGGCCUGGGCUGGAAAAGAGCAUUGUGUUAAGGUUCUGGUUGAUCAUGGUGCGUCAGUGAACCAGGUAGAUGACGAUAUGCGUACAGCGCUCCGUGCUGCUUGCUGGGCUGGUCAUCUUGCAUGCGUAUAUUUACUCCUAAACAAUGGGGCAGAGGUCAACCAGUUUGAUAGUGAGGGUAGAACAGCAAUGAUUGCUGCUUGUUACAUGGGACAUAUCGACUGUGUCAGAGAACUUAUAAUCUGGGGUGCAGAUAUAGAGGCCAUGGAUCAGGAUGGACGAACAGCCCUGUCUGUGGCUGUUACCUGCGAGUCGGAGAGUGCGGCGAAGCUCGUCACAUUGCUGAUCGACAAUGGGGCAAACCCAAACCAGUCGGACAAAGAUGGAAUGUCACCAUUGCUUAUUGCUGCAUUCGAGGGCAAAGCGCAGGUUUGCUACCUUGGAAAUCUUUAUCUAACAGAGACAGUAGACGUAAUUUCUAGUGAUGCUUCAUUAGAGUGA